AUGGCAAAGGCUUUGGGGCUGUUUGCGAGUUGUUUGUUGUUUGUUCUCUCCUCCGGUGUGGAAGGGAAGCGCAGCAGUGAGAGAGUUUACUAUGUGGGGAUCAUUGAGGACUUUUGGGAUUACGCACCAAGUGGGAAAAACUUGCUUAACGGGCAAGACGUCGAAAAUGAUGAGCAUGCAUCUGUGUUCCUGGAAAGAGGACCCCACCGUAUUGGCCGUGUUUAUAAGAAGGCCAUGUUCCGACAGUACACAGAUGCUACGUACAGCCGCCUGGCCUCCCGACCUGUCUGGUUGGGCUUCCUGGGCCCCAUACUGCGAGCUGAGGUUGAUGAAACUAUUGUGGUCCACCUGAAGAACUUUGCAACCAGAAACUACUCUAUGCAUCCUCAUGGAGUUUUCUAUGAGAAGAAUACAGAGGGGGCGCUCUAUCCAGAUGGGACAUCAAACAAGCUGAAGGGGGAUGACUCUGUUCCUCCGGGAGGCAUCUACACCUACCGCUGGGAGGUCAGACCAGAAUAUGCCCCCACGGAUGACGAUGCCAACUGCCUGACCUGGAUCUACCAUUCUCACUGGGAAGCCCCCAGGGACAUCGCCUCAGGACUUAUCGGGGCUCUGCUCACCUGCAAAAAAGGAAUCUUAAAGGAGACAAACGAUCCAGUCCAGGGUCAGACAGAGCCAGAGUCUGUUUUAGAGUCAGUUCGAAAUGAUGUGGACCAGGAUGUCUUCCUGAUGUUCAACGUGGUGGAUGAAAACAAUAGUUGGUACGUGGAGGACAACAUUCAGAAGUGCACUGAUCCAGCUGGAGUUGACCAGGAAGACCCAGACUUUAAGGAGUCAAAUCUAAUGCAUGCUAUUAAUGGCUACAUGUUUGGUAACCUGCCCGGAAUCGAGUUAUGCCAGCACCGUGCAGUAUCCUGGCAUUUGUUUGGCAUUGGUAACGAGGUGGACAUUCAUACUGCCUUUUUCCAUGGGAAUACACUGCUGGACCGCGGCCACCGCACCGACGUCCUCAGCCUGUUCCCAGCCACGUUUGCUACAGCUAAGAUGGUCCCGAAAGCAUCAGGAAAGUGGUUGCUGACCUGCCAGGUUAAUGACCACUUACAGGCUGGAAUGCAGGCCUUUUAUGAAGUGAAGUCAUGCGGCAGUGAGGCCGGCUCUACAGUGAUGGCUGGCGUUGUGAGGAAUUACUACCUGGCAGCAAAGAAAGUCCUGUGGGGCUAUGGUCCCUCAGGAAGGGAUCUGAUUAAUAAUGUAUCCCUCACUGAGCCUGACAGUGCAUCAGAGGUUUAUUUUGGCAGAGAUGGUGGAAGGAUUGGAGGUGACUACAUGAAAGUGAUAUACGAAGAGUACACAGACAAUACCUUCACCACCACAAAGCCACAAACACCUGAUACUCAACACUUAGGAAUAUUAGGUCCAGUCCUGAGGGCAGAGGAGGGAGACACUCUCAGAGUGACAUUCAUGAAUAAAGCUGAUAGAAACUACAGCAUCCAGCCUCAUGGCCUGAACUAUGAUAAACACUUCCAAGGAAGCAACUAUGAAGAUGGUGUUGACAAGCCAGGCUCUCACGUUGGUCCAGGAGAGAAGUUCACCUACACCUGGCAGGUGCAAGAAGGUCCAUCUUCAUCUGAUACUGCCUGUAUCCCCUACUUAUACUACUCCGCCACUGAUCCCGCCAAGGACACUAACUCUGGGUUAGUGGGACCUCUGCUUGUGUGCAAGAAGGGAACGCUGGGAGAGAACGGAACCCAGAAGGGUCUGGAUAAGGAGUUCUUCCUUCUGUUUUCUGUCAUGGAUGAAAACAUGAGCUGGUAUUUGGAGGAGAAUAUUGAGAAGUUUAGCAGCAACGACACAGAUCCAGAGAGCAAUUUGAUGCACGCUGUAAAUGGACGCAUGUAUGGGAACCUUCAGGGAGUGGAGAUGUGUGCCGGGGACAAAGUUAUGUGGUACACCUUUGGGCUUGGUACAGAGGUGGACAUCCAUGGUAUUUAUUUCGAGGGGAACACCUUCAAGAAGCAGAGCACAACACGUGACACUCUUAGCCUGUUCCCUCACACCACUGCUACUGUCGCCAUGGAGCCAAACACUCCUGGUAUGUAUGAGAUAAGCUGCAGAGUAACAGACCACUACUCAGCUGGCAUGAGGCAGCAGUACCGAGUAAACCUGUGCCCACAACACAAAUUGAAGCUCACUAACACAGAACAGCCAACCAAGAUUGUGCAGUAUUUUAUUAGUGCUGAAGAAAUAGAGUGGGACUUCUCACCUGAGAGAGACUGGGAGCUGGAGAAACACCACGGCAAAUUAGAGGACAGUCCAGGCAAUAUAUUUGUGGCGAAAGGAAAAGACAGAAUUGGCUCGCGCUAUAAGAAAGUGGUGUAUAGAGAAUACACCAGUGACACCUUCAGAGUUCAGAAGAAACGACAGCCCAACCAACAACACUUGGAAAUUCUAGGUCCAAUAAUCAAAGCAGAGGUAGGAGAGCAGAUUGUGAUCACAUUCAAGAACAAAGCCAGUCGGCCAUACUCAAUUGGCGCACAUGGAGUGAGGGCCAGCGGCGCACACAUUCCUGUCAAACCUGACCACAUAAUGGAGAUGACGUGGGAUGUUCUUAAAAGCUCUGGUCCAGGGGUCUCAGAUCCUAACUGCAUCUCUUACGCUUACUAUUCCAAUGUUGACUUCAUUAAGGAUCUGUACAGUGGUCUUCUGGGGCCUCUGGUGAUAUGCAGGCCCGGGACCCUGCAGCACGGCGAGGGGCCCGACAGACAGAGGAGUGACGUGGAAAAGGAGUUUGCUCUGCUCUUUAUGGUGUAUGAUGAAAACCAGUCCUGGUACUUGGACGACAACAUCAGAACAUACCUUGGCGUUGACCCGCAUUCCUUCAUUCCAGAUGAAGGCUUUGAGGAGAGUAACUUAAUGCACGGGAUCAAUGGUAAACUGUAUGGUAACCUCCAUGGACUGGUGAUGAUGGAAGGCCAGAAAGUUGACUGGUAUCUACUGGGCAUGGGCAACGAAGUGGACCUGCACACUGUUCAUUUCCACGCUGAAACUUUUACCUACAAGACGGACCUUGUGCACCGUGCAGACGUCUUUGAUCUUUUCCCCGGGACUUUCCAGACUGUGGAGAUGGUUGCUGGGAACCCAGGGACUUGGUUGCUCCACUGUCAUGUGAGUGACCACAUUCAUGCUGGCAUGGAGACCACUUUCACCAUCCAAGAAUACUCCUCAGAUGAAAACUUCUCAGAUGCUGCAGCGCCAGGAACUGAAGGCUCCAUUAAGACGUUGCUGCUCUCACUGGCACUUGGCCUCAUGGCUGUAGGUGGACUGCACUAAUGAAGGGACUGGGCUGUGUGUAACCAUAACUGUGGUUAUUAAUGUACUUGAAAAAAUCCAGGGAUAGAAUCACUGUUUCAUGUAUUUUUGACAUUAUGUAGUAAAAACCAAGAAAUGAUCAGACACAAUAUAGCAAGGGCUGUACAAUCACGUAUAAAGUUGAGUUCUUUAAAUUUCUUAGGACUAAAAGAAGCAUUGUAUAUAUGUGGAUUAUUUCUAUUUUCAGUCAUGUGUUUAACGUUUUGCAAAUCAUUGAUGUACCAAACAUUUGAUUCCAUUUAUGAAUGUGCAAUAAAGACAUUUAUUCAAC